UGUCGCUUCUUCAUUUUAGUAUCUUUUUUUAUUAGCCUUUUGGACUCCCAGCUGCACAAUUUGCUUGUGUUACAGGUCACCUGCUUUAAGGAUUUGGAAAUGUCUAAUUUCUACUGUGACCCUUCUCAGCUCCUCGACCUUGCCUGUUCUAACACUUUCACCAACAACGUAGUCAGGUAUUUUGCUGUUGCCAUCUUUGGUUUUCUCCCUUUUUCAGCAAUCAUAUUUUCUUACUAUAAAAUUCUUUCCUCCAUUCUCAGACUCCCCUCAUCAGGUGGGAGGUACAGAGCCUUCUCCACUUGUGGCUCUCACCUGGCCAUUGUUUGCCUAUUUUAUGGAACAGGACUCUGUGUGUACCUCAGCUCAGCCGUCUCGCUUUCUCCCAGGAAGGAUGCAGUGGCCUCCGUGGUGUACACUGUGGUCACCCCCAUGCUGAACCCCUUCAUCUACAGUCUGAGGAACAGUGACAUCAAAAGGGCCAUGAGGAGGUUCCUCAGCAAAGCCAUCUAAUCUCAGUACCUGUCAUCCGUUUGUAGUUUAGGUUGGAAAAUGCAGCAGUAGACCUGGGAAUCCUACCUCUCUCAU